UUGGAGUCCAGGCAAGAUGCUGUGGCUGCUGUUUCUGACCCUCUUCCUCUUGGGGAGCUCCAUCGCUGAGACCCUAGCACCCAACCCCGAGAAUGAGCUGGUGGGCAUCGUCGGGGGCCACAGUGCCCGCCAGGGGAAAUGGCCGUGGCAGGUCAGCCUGAGGGUCUACAGCUAUCACUGGGCCUCCUGGGCACACAUCUGUGGGGGCUCCCUCAUCCACCCCCAGUGGGUGCUGACAGCUGCCCACUGCAUUUCCCGAAAGGACGCCGACCCGUCAGCCUACCGGAUCCACGCCGGGAACGUGUAUCUCUAUGGGGGCCGGGCCCUGCUGAACGUGAGCCGCGUCAUCGUCCACCCGGAAUUUGUCUAUGCUAAUCUGGGCGCGGAUAUUGCCCUGCUGCAGCUGUCCAAGGCUGUGGACAACACUGCUUACCUCAGGCCAGUCCAGCUGCCCUCCACCUCUCUUACGAUCACCGCAGAGCACCGGUGCUGGGUGACUGGCUGGGGCGCCAUCAGCAUGUACCAGUCACUGCCUCCGCCCUACCGUCUGCAGCAGGUGAAAGUGCAGGUGGUGGAAAACGAGCUCUGUGACCACCACUACCACGAGGCUUCUAGGCACUUCCAUGGUGACAGCAAGAUUAUCCAGGAUGACAUGCUGUGCGCCGGGAGUGAGGGCCGGGACUCUUGCUACGGAGACUCCGGAGGCCCUCUGGUCUGCAGGGAGAAUGGCUCCUGGAAUUUGGUGGGAAUAGUCAGCUGGGGCUAUGGCUGCGCCCAGCGUGACUUUCCUGGGGUCUACACGCGUGUUCAGAACUACGUGCCCUGGAUCACACAACAAAUAGGGAGGUGCUCCUGAGCAGUCCCAUUGGCCUUCACCUGGGUCAGCCCCAAGGAGCUGGCACCUCCCUCCUGCUGGCGCUGACUGCUUCAGCCUCUGCCCACUCUCCCUGGCUCCAGCCCCACCUUCCCGUCUGGCGUUCUCAGUGUCCAGGACUCCCUGACCGCUGGGGGAUGCAGCAGGAAGACGCUGGGAAAGUGAUGGGGUGAGAGGCCCCAGAAGUUCGAGAGUGCCACCCUGUGCCGUUUGCAUUUGAUUAAAGAGCUUGAAGAGUGA